AGUACGUAGCUUUCAGAGAGAAGUGUUGUAGCUCGCAUCACAACCUUAUCUCGGGGAGGCUGGUAGAUAUAAGGCGAUAAAGAUGGGCUGAGUGAAUUGUACUUUAUGAUAUCACCCUCAGCGAAGGCGUGUGCGCGAUAGUUUCCGGUUAAGUGGGUCUCAUUUAGUAUUUCUCUUAAUCACGCGAGAUAAAUAAAUAGUCACAUACUGAGAACGCAGCUGGUAUAGACGUAUAGCGUUUAUUACUUUCAAGACUCAGCAAAAUGGCUCUGUACAGUUUAAAAAGCAACCUCCACCUGGCGACCCUCAAGACUCUGUCCCUGGUGUCAAUAAGCGUGAUGUCACCGCAGCAGAGCGUCCAGGAGCUGUUCCGAACAGCCGACUGCGUGUGCUUCGAUGUGGACUCCACGGUCAUACGGGACGAAGGGAUCGACGAACUGGCCAGAUUCUGCGGGAAAGGAGACGAGGUCAAACGACUGACGGCGGAAGCAAUGGGCGGCAACAUGACAUUUCAAGAGGCUCUGAAGAAAAGGCUAGACAUAAUCAGACCAAGUGUUAGUCAAAUAAGAGAGUUCAUAGAAACUUUCCCAGUCCACCUCACUCCAGGCAUAACUGAUCUAGUAAAAGUGCUCCACGAGCGGGGAGUCAUGGUGUAUUUGGUCUCAGGAGGCUUCAGAAGUUUAAUAGAACCGGUGGCGGAGAAGCUACACAUACCACCACACAACGUGUUCGCUAAUAGACUCAAGUUUUAUUUCAAUGGCGAAUAUGCAGGUUUCGACGAAAAUGAGCCAACAUCCCGGUCCGGGGGCAAAGGCCUGGUGAUCCGACGGCUCAAGGAGCAGCACGGGUAUCAGCGACUCGUGAUGAUCGGGGACGGAGCCACGGACGCGGAGGCCAGUCCCCCCGCUGACGCAUUCAUAGGCUUCGGCGGCAACGUUGUCCGGGAAGAAGUCAAGAAGAAGUCAGCGUGGUACGUCACAGACUUCCAAGAGCUGAUCUCUCACCUAAGCGUGCAGACCAAAUGAGCGAAGACUAUAUGUAUAUUAUUGGAAGUUAAGGAUAUGCUGAAAAAUACACCUUACAGCAUUUGACGUAAAGUUCAGUAUCGCAUGCUGUUUCAAUCGAAACGGUGUGCUAGUAGGUAAAUCGUAGUAACAAAAGAUGACCAUAGGACCUGGAUACGGAUAUUAGGCCAUAAAUGAAGUCCAAAAUAUGCCCAAAAAAGGCAUCGUAGUUAUAACAGAAUACCAAUAGUUUGAUAUCUUAUGACUUUGUAGACUUUGCCAAGAUGGCAUUUAUCAACAUUUAAAACUAAAGUUUCUUUGUGCUUAGUGGCCCGGUUAUUGCCAUAUUAAUUAUUAAAUUAUCCGAGUAAAACUUGGAGCAGAAAUAGUUGCCAUAUAUAGAAAAAAUUGUUUUUGAUAUUAUGGGGAUUGUUGUGUUGUUGUGGUACUUUGAGUAUCAAUUGGUGUCUAAACGGAUGUGCAAAAAUCUCUAACUUUAGACCUCGCAACUGAUUUUUGGCGUUCCAAAUUAUGGACUGAGAUGAUAGAGUCAUAGAGACAAAGAGUUUUUUAUGACCGAUGACCCUGUGCUACCCUUGGUUAUUUCUCACAGGAAAGGAUGAGAAGGGUGAACUAUAGUUGAUUAUUGCUAUGCUUGUAACUUUUGCUCUGUAAUAAAAUCAGGCAUAACCAUCGAUCUCCUAUUACAAAGUGAAUGUACAAUCAGCGACCAAAAAACAUCCAAAUACAUUUUCUUGGCACUCAAUUCAAGUAGUCACAUUUGUAAAUUCAACCUUAAACUCAAUCCUUAAGGUUAAAUUUGCUUUAAAUUUGGGAUUUUAUUGAAUAUGGUACUAUAUUUAAAGGCCUUUAUGUAUAAUUUUCUUUACCAAUAAUUCGAAAACUGUCAAAGCAAAAUGGGCCAGUUUUUAAGGGAUUUUUUUUACAUCCUUCCUGUAUUGAUGAUUGUGCGUCCUUUUAUUAUAAGUGGUCAAUGUCCAGGCUUGAUUACUGAAGGUCGGCGGUCAGCUUUCUUAACUUUUCCUUGGCCAUGGCUAGGCGGAAAAGUUGUCCACCUGUAUUUAUGCCAGUCCACUCCCUUAUGUUUUGUAGCUAGGGACUUUCUGGUAUAAUAUAUUAUUAUACGUUAUUUAAUUUUGGUUAGAGAUUUAUGUACACCGUACUUAAUGCCAAUAUCUAGUAUUUGCGAGACAAAGUCUUGGGCGUGUUAGUAAAAUGGAAUGGACCAAAAUUUAAUUUUAAUUAGUUAGAUAUGAACUUAAAUUAACUUUUUCUGACAUGUGUGAAUAGCGGCGCUAAUUCGUCUGAUUAUAAUUUAACCACUCGUUUAAACAAAAACUAAUCCAUAUUAAAUUUAAUAUGUAUUUAAAAUUUUUGUAUUCGUUUUAAUUUACAGUAGGUAUUUUAGUUUAGUGUAUGCGAAUUAAAUAAUAUUUACAUUUCUCUAGUAGAGUUCCUCUAACAAAUACCUAACUGUGUUUUAUUUAAUGCGUCGAUUAAAGUGUUAAUUAUGGUAUUAAAGUUUAUUAAUAAGUUAUGACAAAUUUACGAAUUAGUAUAUAGGUAGUGUAUAAUAGGUAAUCUAAAUUAAGUAAUUGAAUAGCUUUUUGUAUAUCAAAAAUGGCUGUGUACUUCUUAUUAUUAAGAAAAAGAAUUUAUUAUAAUCAUUAAUUAUAAUUUUAACAUUUAUUAGUCUAAUAUAUGCAUAUUUUUUAUACAA